AACGAACUCUAAGAAUGAAGGUGGCAUGGGCCGAGGUCGAAGUCAUUUGCGUCGACGAGCAGUUGACGUCCAUUGACACUGUCGAGGGACUCGUCAUAAGCCGCGUCCAGCACCUCAACGUCUCGUUCAACCUCCUCACGGAUUUGACAAGCCUCCACGCCGCUACAAAUCUCCGCGUCCUCAACGUCAUGCACAACCAUCUCGCGUCGUUGAGCGGGGUCACACCCCUAUUGCAGCUGCGGACACUCAAGGCCGGGCACAACCGGAUUGCGCAUCUCGGCUCUGUCUUGGAGAAGCUCUCGCAGCUCCAAGAGCUAUGGCUCGACCACAAUCGCAUCGAGCUCUGCGAGCUGCCGCGCUUGCAGGCACUCUCGGAGCUCCAAAUACUCGUGCUGGAGCCGAAUCCAUGCUGCAAGGAGCCCUCGUACAAGUAG